AUGCAUCUUCAAAAGCACUCGCUUCUUAGCGUACUUCUGACUGCCUCGCUCGGCCUUCCACACACCCAUGCCGCGCCGAUACUGGACUCACUCGUGAACCCUUUUCUGGACUCAUUAGGUUCGAUACUGAGUGGCAAAGGGCUAGUGCAAGGUUUACUUGGUUCCAUCGAAGGCGCUAUCGGCGUGGAGAAGACGUACGACUACGUUGUCGUAGGUGGUGGCACCGCCGGCAAUGCGAUCGGUGUCCGCCUCGCUGAAGCGGGCUACUCGGUCGCCAUCAUUGAGGCUGGACUUUACUACCAGAUCGGAAAGCCUGUUUUAGGCUCCACACCUGCCGGUGGCAUCGUGGGAAUCGGUGCCAAUCCUCUAGACUCUGAUCCUAUUGUUGAUUGGGUGUUGACCACGGAGCCUCAAGCGGGCGCGGAUAAUAGACGCGUGCACUAUGCGCAGGGAAAAUGCUUGGGUGGCUCUUCUGCGCUCAACUUCCUAAUUCACCAUAGAGGUACUGAGGGCUCAUACCAAACCUGGGCCGACGCUGUGGGCGACGAGAGUUACACGUUCGCCAACUUUGAACCCUACUUCAAGAAGGCUGUCACCUUCACCAAGCCGAACGACGCCAUACGUGGCAACAAUGUGACUACGCAGUACGACGAGAGUGCCUUCCAAACACCGGGAGGACCUAUCCAGAUCGGUUACUCCAACUAUGUCUCUCCAUUCUCGACCUGGAUGGAGAAGGCUCUUCAUGCAGUCGGCUUGAAAAGGACCAGCGAAUUCGAUAGCGGCAAACUCAUGGGAACACACUACACACAAACCUUCAUCGACGCGAAGGAGCAGACCCGCAGUGCAUCGGACGAAUACAUCAAAACAGCGCUCGACAACGACAAGCUCGCCGUGUAUGCAAACACUCAGGCCCAGAAGAUCCUCUUUGAUGGCAACAAGACCGCGACCGGCGUAAGGGUUCAGUCCACGGCCAUUACCUACGACAUCCAUGCUUCCAAGGAGGUCAUCGUUUCCGCAGGCGCCUUCCAUAGUCCCCAGCUACUAAUGGUAUCGGGCGUCGGUCCAAAGGAGACUUUGGAGAAGUUCAACAUCGACGUGGUUGCCGAUCGCCCUGGCGUAGGCCAGAACAUGUGGGAUCACAUUAUGUUCGGACCAGCUUACGAAGUCAGCUUCAACACGCUGGAUAACACCCUCCACAACCCCGUCGCACUUGCCGAUGCCCUGGCCGACUACACCCUGAAAGGCGAAGGCGUGCUUUCUUCCAACGUUGUCGAGUUCCUCGGCUGGGAAAAGCUACCCCAAGAGUUCCGUCAAAACUUCUCUCAGUCCACCGUCGAUGCCUUGAACCAAUUUACCGAUGACUGGCCAGAAGCUGAGCUUAUCAGCGGAAACGGCUACAUCGGCGACUUCUCCCUCCCUGUCCUCCAACAACCCCUAGAUGGCAAGCAGUACGCCACAAUCCUCGGAGGCAUCGUAGCACCCACGUCCCGCGGCAACGUUUCCCUGCAAUCGGCAUCCAUGAGCAGCUCGCCUCUGAUCAACCCCAACUGGCUCACCUCUCCUGCGGACCAAGAACUCGCCGUCGCGCUCUACCGUCGCAUGCGCCAAAUCUGGAACUCGGAAACUAUGCAGCAAGUUGUGAUUGGUGACGAAUACUGGCCAGGCAAGGAGAAGGACAGCGACGAGGAGAUCUUGGCUGUAGUGAGAGACAGUUUGAUGACCAUCUGGCAUGCGUCUUGCACGUGUAAGAUGGGAAAGAAGGAUGAUAACAUGGCGGUGGUGGACACCGAAGCUAAGGUUUAUGGCGUCAAGGGCUUGAGGGUUGUAGAUGCGAGUGCAUUGCCUAUCCUGCCGCCGGGUCACCCCACCAGUACGAUUUAUGCGCUCGCGGAGAAGAUUGCCGCUGGCAUUGUGGAGGCCAAUCGGCGAUAA